AUGAACGGUGCGUCUCGUCGAGCCACUCUUCGUACAUGCACGAGGUCUAAUGGGAUGGCGCGCAAUGGCGUGUGUGCGCCAGCGGACGACCGUGGAAGCUUCCGCAGCGCGUUCGAGGAGAGCGUGCGCACACGGCGCACGGUGUUCGCGCAUGUGCGGCUGCAACGCAAACAUGACUUGUCCAUGGUGAGCGACUACUCGUCCCACCCGCACGUCCUCCCCGACACGGCCGCCUUUCAGUGCUUCUUCGCGGUCGCAAAGCCAUACCCGAGCCGCAACACUGCCAUGCUCAACAUGGUCCUUGAGCUCAAAAUGGAGAACGAGCGACUCCAGCAGUGCCUCAUCCAGCUCCGCGCGCAGGCUGGCGCGCCUCCUGGCACCCUCGAUACAGCAGCCCUCGAUGGCAUCUUCGUGUGCUCAUUACUGGUAGCUUUGUGA